AUAUAGGUAAUUAUAAUUGCAAAUUACAACACAUAAACACUAGUACUUAGUUUCAAAGAAAUGUUGGGCAUAUCCCCACAGUUGGCUAGCCUAGGGUGUUUCAUGGAGGAUUCCAACACCCUGCACCAUGAUCAAGAAAACCCCUUCUUCAUCAGCUCAGUACUCUCCAUUGAUGGUGAUGAUCAAUAUCUCAACGAUUCUCCUCCCUCUGGGAAACUAUUCUCUAAUUCUCAUCAUGGUGAGGGCUUUCAUCAUCAUCAUCAUCAUCAAAUGGUUAAGAAGCUGAAUCAUAAUGCAGUAGAACGUGAUCGGCGUAGGAAAAUGAACACCUUGUUUUCUACUCUUAGAUCAUUGCUUCCUUCAGAUGAUCAAUCUAAAAAAUUAAGCAUUGCUGCCACAGUCUCAAGAGUGCUCAAGUACAUCCCCGAGCUGAGGAAAGAAGUGGAGAGACUUGACCAAAAGAAGGAAACCCUAAUGAUGAUGAGGACAAAGAUUUGUAGUCAAGUGUCAAUUGAUGAUGACGAUUUUAGGACAAAAUUAGCACGACUCUCAGCAGUUUCAGCUACACAAAUAAGUGGUGAAGAAAUUGUUGUUCAGAUUUCAGUGCCCAAAUUGGACAAGGGUAAUCUGAUCUUGUCUGAAACCCUAAUGCAUUUGGAGAUGGAGGGUUUUCUUGUACUAACUGCAUCUUCUUUUGAGACACUUCAAGGCAGGCUUUUCUGUAAUUUACAUCUUCAGGUACUUUAUUUUUUUUAAUAUAUUUUUUUAUUA